AUGGAGACCAAGCGUAGCGCUGAGCAGCUCGGCCGCGACGCCCAGCGCAAGCGCCGCAAGCAGGCGAAGGCCGAGGCCAAGGACGGCGGCCAAUGGGACCGAUGCAUGUUCAAAGUGGUGCGCAAGAACCGCUACUGCAACAUCGCCAGAGUGCCAGGCUCGAUGUUCUGCGGCAACCACCUGCCCGACAGUGACGCAGCAGUGAGCAAGAAGUCGCAGAAGUUCAAGGCCGCCACUCGCCGUCGUGUACCAUGUCCGGUGGACGCGUCGCACACAGUCUACGAGUACGAUCUGGCGAAGCACGUGCUGGUCUGCAACCGGGUCAAGGACGCCGAUAUCAUGAAGAAGUUGCCGUACUACAGCCACAACAUCAACUCUGGCGGCACUCAUUGCUCGGACAACUCAGCUGCGUCUAGUGACACAGCAGAACAGGAAGUUGCUGCUGACAAGGAGAAGGACGAGGAGGAGAAGGAGCACUCGGAGCCCUCCGCUCAGGAGCAGCAGGGAAUUAUUGACAAGCUGCUCGCCAUUGACUUUGCGGAUCUCCGCAAACGCAUUGACGCUGCGUAUGAAUCAUGUGUUGGUGAGCUGGCGCUGGAGAAGCUGCACCACAAGUGCUGCGACCAGCUUUUUGAGGAGAAGAAGAAGGCCGGCGCGUCGCAGAGCGUGCUGCGGCACAUUGAGCAGCAGACCUCGAUCAUUGGCCACAUGGAGCAAGUGAAGCUGCUGCAAGACUCGAACGCCGCUUUCGUGGAGCUUGGAGCUGGAAGAGGAAUGUUGUCCUUGGCCCUGGCUCAGAUGUUCCCGGACAGUCUCUACGUGCUGAUCGAUCGGGCUCACACGCGAGGCAAGGCUGAUCGGUUCAUCGGAGGCGAGGGCAAGGGCGAAGAAGCUGAGAAGGACAGCUCCACUACGCUGCGUGCAAAGAUUGAUAUCCGCCACCUGAACUUCGCCGGAAUGGAGGAAAUCCUCAACAAACCUAUCGUCUGCAUGUCCAAACACUUGUGUGGUGUGGCCACGGAUCUGUCGCUACGAGCUAUCGCGCAGACGCUGCCCGACUCCAAGAGUGAAUCGUCGGAAGGUGCUUCGAAUUCAGUCAGCUCGAGCUUCCAGGGGUUGGCGAUCGCACUUUGCUGCCAUCACGUUUGCGCGUGGGAGGACUACGUGAACCCAGCGUUCUUCCAGGCCCAAGGGUUCAAGCCCGAAGAGUUUCAGCUACUAACUAGCAUGACGUCGUGGACUACGUGUGGCAUGGGCCUCGAGGGUGACGCAGUGAAACACAUUCUUGGCAUCAGCAAGGACGAGCGUGCAGUUCUGGGGCGGAAGUGCAAGCGCAUCAUAGACGCUGGUCGCGCAGCAUACUUAACGCAGAUGAAGCUGAAAACUCGUCUAGUCCACUAUUGUGACACAAAGGAUAGCCUCGAGAACUGCCUUCUUCUUGCCUGGCGAUGA